CUCUUCCAUUCAGUCGCGAGUAUUCCAACGGGUGCGAUCCAAUUUUAUUAGAACGCUUUAUUGAGGAAAUUUCAAACGCAAGCAGUCAGUUUCGGUUUGGCUGUCGAAAGGACAGCACGGAUUUUCUCAGUGAUCUCCGCCCUUUUUUUUGGAUUUUCUCAACUUCUCUUCUGGACUUGUGGAUACUUUUUUGGAUAAAAAGUUUUUUUUCCUCCUGAAGGAAUUCGAAGUGAGAUCAAAGUGAUUUUUUUCUAGUGGUGAAAAACAGGAUUAACUUGCUCACUAUAAGACACUUUUUGUGGAUUAUUUUGUGUGAAAAUCACAUUAGGAUUUUUCUCAGCACUUCAAAUUAAUUUUAUGGUCCAACAAUAAGGAUGGGCCCAUCAAGGCAACUUCAAAUAUUUGCCUUGUUGCUCUGCUUCUUCACGACCUCAAUAGAUGUGACUCAAUCCAGGCAUUUGACACGAAACCGACAUAAACGACAACACGGUGCCCGGUUGUAUCUGCCGGCAACAUAUGUAAUUCCAAGUGGUGAGGGAGAUUCCGGUGAACGCUGGGGUCCCUGGGGAGCUCCGUCGGAGUGCACAAGAACAUGCGGUGGAGGUGUCGCCUACCAGACGCGUGAAUGCUACGAUGUAGCACAUGAUGGUACACCGCGGUGUCGAGGUGGUUCCCGAAAAUACUUCUCGUGUAACACGCAGGAUUGUCCGGACAAUGAACCGGAUUUCCGGGCACAGCAGUGUUCGCACUUUGACACUGUUCCCUUCGAGGGGGUUCGCUAUGAGUGGGUGCCCUACACAAAGGCUCCCAAUCCGUGUGAGCUCAACUGUAUGCCACGUGGCGAGAGAUUCUACUAUCGGCACAAAGCAAAGGUGAUCGAUGGCACCCGUUGCAAUGAAGAAUCCUUGGACGUGUGCGUGGAUGGUACAUGCCAACCCGUUGGCUGCGACAUGAUGCUAGGAUCCAAUGCUAAGGAAGACAAGUGCAGAAAAUGCGAGGGAGAUGGAUCAUCGUGCAAAACAGUGUCUGGAAUUCUCGACAUGAACAACCUCCAAGUUGGCUACAACGAUAUUCUUCUAAUACCCGCUGGUGCUACAAAUAUUGAGAUCAAGGAAGUUGCUCCAUCCAAUAACUAUUUGGCUAUACGAAAUCUCGUUGGAGCAUACUACCUCAAUGGCAACUGGCGGAUAGACUUCCCUCGGCCAAUGACCUAUGCAGGUGGAAUUUGGCAUUACGAACGUAAACCACAGGGAUUCGCUGCACCAGAUCACCUGACCUGCAUGGGUCCCACAACUGAACCCAUUUAUCUGGUUCUACUCUAUCAGGAUCGCAAUGUAGGCAUCCGGUAUGAGUACAGUGUUCCCGAAGCUACUGCUCGUGUGCCUCAGCACGAGACGUACAACUGGGUAUUCGGUCCAUAUUCCGAAUGCUCAGCUACCUGUGGUGGUGGUUUCCAGACACGCAAUGUAACGUGCAACAGUCGCACAACUCUUGAGCAAGUUGAUGAUAGUCUCUGUGAUACAACUGAAAGGAUGGAGGACGCGAGGCAGUGUGGUCAGGAACCGUGUCCACCACGAUGGACUGAAGGUCCAUGGAGCAAGUGUAGUCUUCCAUGUGGGGAAGAAGGGAAGCAGGAGCGAGAGGUGACGUGCGAAAGAGUUGAUUCAAGUGGCGUUGCUACGAAAGUGGAGGAUUCUGUUUGUCUAAAUUCAGCUGGAAAUAAGCCAGCUACAGUUCAAGAAUGCAACAAAGGAGUUGUUUGCCCACAAUGGCAUACAGGCCCAUGGAAGCCAUGCAGUCAUCUCUGUGGUGAUGGUGAAAAGAAACGUCAAGUUCGAUGCUACCGCAAAGAAGAUGGGAAGAUUAAGGUUUUGUCGGAUGAUGAGUGCAUCGACGAAAAACCCGCAGAAACAGAAACAUGUAUGCUUCGACCCUGCGAUGGUGUUGAUUGGAUCACAUCCACUUGGAGUGGAUGCAAUGCAUGUGGACUGACUGUGGAAACGAGAACGGCCCAUUGUGCUUCCAAAGCCGGCAAAAUCUAUGAUGAGAAAUUCUGCGAAAAGAAACCAAAACCAGAACUCGAACGGCCAUGCACAUCCAAGUCCCAGUGCGACUUCCAGUGGUUUACAUCACAGUGGAGCAAAUGUUCAGCUGCAUGUGGCAAAGGAGUACAAACACGAACAAUUAUUUGUGGUGUCUUUGACGGAGAGAUGGUAAAGAGAGCUCCGGAUGAAUCAUCUUGCAAUGCCGAUGAAAAACCUGAAGAUCAGCAGGAGUGUGAGAGUGAAAACGAAUGCCCUGGACAGUGGUUCGGAGGCCCGUGGUCAGAGUGCUCUGUACCCUGUGGUGGUGGCACUAAACUCCGUAAGACGCUGUGUAUGGUUGGUGAUCAACCAGCUCCAGUGGAAAAAUGCAGUGGUGAUACAGUUGAGUUCUCAUCAGAAAGCUGCAAUCCUGAUGCAUGCAUUGAUGAUGAGACUUUACCUGUCGACAGUACCAGUACACCAAUCCUAGAGGAUGAUCACGAUGAAGAGGAGUAUUGCGAUGAGGAUGAGGACUAUCCAGUAUCUGGGGAGGAACUUGACUCAGGCGAAGUCACUGGCUUGGAGGAAACAAGUGGAACCCUAAGUUUCUUCGAAAGUGAAAGCAAGAGUACAACCGAGUCGUCUCUACUGACAGAUGAGCUGAUGUUAAGUGACUCAACAGGUUUUGAAACAGAUGAAACUGAUGCAGCUUCAACGGAUCUUCCCGAGUCAACGGUUGAGGGAUCAGGAACACAAGAAACUGCCAGUAGUUUACACGUGGAAACCGACGAAACGGGAUCUGGUGAUUUUGAUGGAACACAAGAAACAACAGAGACUUCCGAAGUAUCUUCCGCAAGCGUAACUGUUUCAUCUUUGGGAGUGUCCCAGGAAUCAUCUGCAGCACAAACAACUGUAGAUGUCACCGAAACUACCACUGAAGGUGUAACAACAACUUCUGAAAGUGUAACAACAACUUCUGAAAGUGUAACAGAAACAUCAACAGAAUCCUCUUCGGAAUUCACCACAGAAUCUUCCACAGAAACAUCAGAAUCAACAUCAGAGUCUAGUGUUGAUACAACAACAGAGAUCUCCACGACGGAAUCAUUAGCAGAAACAACAACUGUUGCAGCCGAAGAAAGCACAACAUCUCAAGUAGAAGAAACAACCACAAGUGAAGGAGGAACCACAACAGAAGGUGCAACUGCUACAACUGAAGCGCAAGAAAGUACAACAGUUGCAGAGACACAAUCCACAGUUGAGGGAUCAGAUGGAACAACUGCAAGUGAAGAAUCAGCAAGUCAAGAAUCAACAACUGAGGGAUCAACCGAGUCACCUGUUUCAACCGAAACUCCUGGAUCAACAGAAUCGCCUGCUUCAACGGUAACGGAAGAAACAUCAUCAACAGGCGAGGAUGAAACGACAGAAUCAGAUAUGGAUAUAUGGACAACAACGGAGCAAAGUGGUGUAUCACAGGAUGAGGAUGAAGAAACAUCUGGAAGUACACCAAAUACCCUCGAAGAAAUAAUUAAGAAGGAACAGAAACCAAGAAAGUGCAAACCGAGGCCGAAAACGAUGGCUUGUACAACAUCGACAUUCGGUUGUUGUUCCGAUGAAAAAACCCCCGCUAAAGGACCUUUCGAAGAAGGUUGUCCAACACCAAAGACGUGUACUGAGACCAAACAUGGUUGUUGUCCAGAUGGACUAUCACCGGCUAAGGGUCCGAAGAAUCGUGGCUGCCCCAAGAGUGUCUGCAAGGAUACUCUAUUUGGGUGUUGCCCAGACAAGAAAACUCCAGCUGAAGGUAAUGACAAUGAAGGGUGUCCAGUUGUGGAAGUCACAACUGUUGGCGGAUGCGCGGCUACUAAGCAUGGAUGCUGUCCCGAUGGCAUCACUGCAGCUGAAGGCCCCAAACACAAAGGGUGCAAAAAAGAAGACACAGAAUGCACAGGGGAAACAUGUACAACACCCGAGCCGAAAGUUACGGAAGAAUCUAGUGUUACAGAUGCCAAAUUCUGUGCUCAGUCCACGUAUGGCUGCUGCCCAGAUGGUAUUUCGGAGGCAACGGGUGAGAAUUUCCAUGGAUGCGAUAUUAUCGACGAGGCUGAUUGCACGAAAUCAUUCUACGGAUGCUGUCCGGAUGGAAGAACACCAGCAAAGGGAGACAAUCACGAGGGAUGUACUGCUUGUAUGCAAGAGCCAUUUGGAUGUUGUCAAGAUGGACAAACUCCCGCCCAUGGACCUCGUGGAGAGGGUUGCUGCCUCGAGCAGCCAUUCGGUUGUUGUCCGGACAAUAUUGUUCCAGCCCGCGGGCCCAAUCUCGAAGGCUGUGGCUGUGAACAUUCUCCUUAUGGAUGCUGUCCCGAUAACAAAACCUCCGCAAAGGGCUAUGACAAUGCUGGAUGUGGUUGCCAGUACUCACGGUUCGGUUGCUGUCCAGAUAAGCUUACCGAGGCAAGAGGAGAGAACUUUGAAGGAUGUUCAUGUCAUACAUUCCAGUUCGGAUGUUGCCCUGAUGGAGUUACAAUCCCAACUGGUCCUCAUAAUUCAGGCUGCCAUUGCUCACAAACAGAACACAAGUGCUGUGGUGAUGAAAUCACACCGGCUAAGGGUCCAAACUUUGAGGGAUGCACAUGUGCUACGAGCAAACACGGUUGCUGUCCAGAUGGUGUUACACCAGCUGAAGGGAGAAACUUCGAGGGAUGCGAUGAAAUUCCAUCAAAUCCACAGAAGGCAUGUGGAUUGCCCAGAGAUGCUGGCUCAUGCAAAAACUUCACAGUUAAGAGCUUCUUCGAUGCAGAAUAUGGUGGAUGUUCGCGCUUUUGGUAUGGAGGAUGCGAAGGUAACGACAACCGCUUUAACUCAAUCGAGGAAUGCAAGACGGUGUGCGAGGAGCCAAUUGGAAAAGAGGCCUGCUCACUUCCGAAAUCUCAUGGACCAUGUACUGGAUACCUUCCAAUGUGGUAUUAUGACUCGGAUCGCAAUCAGUGUACGCAAUUCGUCUGGGGAGGUUGUCUCGGCAACAACAAUCGCUUUGAAUCUCUUGAAGAGUGUCAAACUGCAUGCGUUGUUGACGAUUCAGCUCCACCAUGCGAGCAACCUGUUGACAAUGGUCCCUGCAAUGGAGAGUACGAACGAUGGUACUUUGAUGCAGAAGCCGACAUCUGCCGUCCAUUCAUCUACGGUGGUUGCAAGGGCAAUAAGAAUAACUAUGCAUCUGAACAUGCUUGUCACUAUCACUGCAAGAAACCCGGAGUUCAUCGUGAAUUUUGCAAUUCACCAAUUGAGAAAGGUAACUGCGAGAACAAGCAAGCUCGAUGGGGCUUCUCCUAUACUGAUAACAAAUGCAUGCCAUUCUAUUACACUGGUUGUGGUGGCAAUAAGAAUAAUUAUCGCUCAGAAGAUGAAUGUACAACGAAUUGCCCGCCUCAGAUUGAGCGCGAUUUGUGCGUACUUCCUGCUGAAGUUGGAAACUGCCAGAAUUAUACUACUCGAUGGUACUUCGAUACACGACAAUCUCGCUGUCGUUCCUUCUAUUAUGGUGGCUGCGGUGGGAAUAAGAAUAACUUUGAACAAGAAGAAGAUUGCUUAAAUCGAUGCGAGCGACGACCUACAACAACACCUCAACCUGUUAGAAGACCACAAGUCCAUGAUGAUCGCACAUUCCGACAGGAGUACUGCUUCAUUCAGCCAGAUGCCGGGGACUGUCGAGGAGAUGCCAUUGUUGCUAGAUGGUACUAUAAUAGAGAAGAGGGUGUUUGUGCUCAAUUUGCAUACACCGGUUGCGGUGGAAAUCAGAAUAACUUCGAAACUGAAGAAGAUUGCGAGAGAAACUGUGAUAAUGUACAAGAUAUUUGUACACUUCCGGCACUUCGUGGACGCUGCAAUGAACGCAUUCAGCGAUGGUAUUUCGAUCAGAACACCCAACGGUGUCAACAAUUUGAAUUUGGUGGCUGCCGUGGAAACAAGAAUAACUUCUACACCGAAAGAGAAUGCCAGAGCGCUUGUAGACACGAACCUGGAAGAGUUGAAUACACCACGCCACCAGCACGAGCUCCAGUAUCCAUUUGCGAGGAGCCACGUGACUACGGGAAUUGUAAUGGUAACGAGCUCAAAUACUUCUUCAAUCGUGACACUGCAUCCUGUGAGGCUUUCUACUACACUGGCUGUGGUGGCAAUGGGAAUCGCUUUGAGUCACAGGAACAAUGCGAGCGGCAGUGCGGUGAGCAUAGAGGAGUGGACGUGUGUAAUGAACCAAAGGAUCAAGGACCAUGCGAUCAAUGGCAGACACGCUACUACUUUGACUCAACCAGACGACAAUGUCUUCCAUUCCAUUACGGUGGAUGUGGAGGAACUGGAAAUAAAUUUACGACACCCCAAGAAUGCGAAUCGCUGUGCAUUGGACAUGAGGAACCACCACCAGAUGAUAAAGCAAUUUGCAAUCUUCCCGCUGAAGUUGGUAGAUGUAGCCAAAAUCAAGAGAACUCUCACAAAAGAUGGUACUACGACGAUAGUCGAGGCACCUGUAUUUCCUUCAUUUACAGCGGAUGUGCUGGAAAUCAAAAUAAUUUCCGCUCAUUCGACUCUUGCGUUGAUUUCUGUCGCAGUGAACAGCCACAGCAACCAGAAAGGGAACCAUCAGGAGAUAAAUGCGAGGAACACACAAUUGCCUGUGAGAACCUACAAUGUCCGUAUGGUGUUGAAACAAAAUACAACGAAGAUUACUGCCCGGUUUGUUCGUGCGAAGAUCCCUGCUCAACAGUUCAGUGUCAACCGGAUUCUCUCUGCGCCAUCGAUGUGGAUAGAGAUGAGACGGGACAACCAAUCUUCCUGGGAGUUUGUCGGAAAACCAAUAAGCCCGGGGAAUGUCCUACCCUCAGUGAUAAUCAACGUUGCGAUCGAGAAUGUUACACAGACGCCGAUUGCCGUGGAGAGAAGAAGUGCUGUUCUGCUGGUUGCGGGUGGUUGUGUCUCCAUCCCGAGUCUCCAUCUGCAAAUGUGUCUGAGCCAUCGCGUCCAUACCCGUACCCAACAUCCUACUACCCUGGUAGCCAUGCACCAGUUCUCGAAGAGAAAACACCAGAAGAAGUUAACGUUGCAGCUGAAGAAGGAGGCUUUGCUGUACUACAUUGUUUCGCUACUGGCUAUCCUCCACCAACAAUCACCUGGCGACGUCAUGAUAUUAUUCUCAAUACCAACCAAGGACGAUACCUUCUCACAUCCACCGGAGAUUUGCAGAUUGUGCAGCUACAUAGAACGGACGAUGGUACCUACGUUUGCGUUGCAGACAACGGCCUAGGAACACCAGUUACCCGUGAAGUCGAACUUCGGAUUAAUGACCCCGUAAAUAUCAGAGAUGCAGACGCUUAUAUUUUGGGUGAGCCUAAUUCCACCCAGAUUGUUACGUUGAACCAACCAGCCACGCUUCGAUGUCUCGCUGGUGGCUACCCCAAACCCUAUGUUAGCUGGUGGCGUGACACGGAGUUGCUUCCACUGAAUUCUUCACGCUUCGAACAGAAGCGUGACAACUCACUCGCCUUUACCAAGGUUGACCUCACAGACCUUGGCAAGUACACAUGUCAAGCAUACACAGGACGUGGUAAGCCGGUUUCCGUGUUCACCACACUUCUGGCUGUGGGACCCGUGCAUGUGAGUAAUGAGGAAGAUGAGAAAUACUUGCAAUACGUCAUUGAUCCACCGGUACAAACAACAACGAUCCGGACUAGGCCAGAGUAUCCAUACAGGCCUGCACCGCCGCCACCCCCACGGGUCAUACCACUACCCCAUGUGCAGCCGGUUGUGCCAUCAAAUACCCCAGUUACAGCUCGACUUAGGCUUCCUGGUGGCAGACAGUAUGCUCUGGGUGCUGAUAUAAAGCUAGAAUGUGUCGCAGACGGUUAUCCAACUCCAAACAUUACAUGGUCCAAGGAUAAUCGUCAACUUGUGCCAUCGCAUCGACUACAGAUCAUCGAUCAGAACCGUGUUGUGAUCUACGGAGCUUCCAGAGAAGAUUCAGGCUUCUACAAAUGCGAAGCUUGGAAUGGACACAGCAAAUCCUUCCAAGAGGAGGAAAUUAUGGUGGAAGGUGUCUUUAUCCCACCAGAAUGCACAGAUAGUCAGCAAUUUGCUGAUUGCUCAAAGAUCGUCCGUGGAUCGUACUGCAAUAAUCCCUACUAUGCCAAAUUCUGCUGUAGAUCGUGCACGCUUGCCGGACAAUUGAGUCACGAUCGUCCAAAUUUUGUUUAGAUUAAUAUCUUUUCUUCUCCCCUCUCCUGAUUUCUGGAGCCACUCUGCACUAUAACUUUUCACUGCCAAAAUACCCCGACUUUUCCACCCAAAUAGUUAGGUCUCAUUCAUAGUUUCAUGAUCAUCGUGAUCCCUGUGCCAUAUACCACAACGAAACAUCACACUUAGCUGACAUUUUUUUUUCGUUCUACUCCUAACGAUCUAAUCGCAGCGUGUCUAUUAAAAAAAUGCUUCUAAAAAUUCCCUUGCAACUAUUUUUUUUUAGAUUGUAGUUGACUAAUAACUGCCAUAGUUACGGAGACUUUGUAUCUCCCUUUGUAAUCUACUUCUGUGUCCUUCCGUGAGAAAUACUUCAAGUAUAUGAGAACGUGUCUAAUUCGAUUAAAAUUUACUUAACUUUUGUUACCAAUUUGUGGCUAUUAGAUAAAUAAAAUGGACGAAAAAUGAUUAAAAUGUAAUAGGAGUCAAGUUUUUCCUUAUUAUGUAAAGCAAUUGACGAAUUAUAAAGUGUAAAAAAAUAAAAGUAGAGUGUAAAUAUAA